AUGCCUCUCACGAAAGACCUCCUGCACCCCUCUCCCAAGGAGGAGAAGCAGAAACACGAGAAGAAGUGCCUGAUGCAGAGUCUGAACUCGUAUUUCAUGGAUGGAAAGUGCUUGGGGUGCUAUAAAAUCACCCCUGUCUUCAGCCACGUACAAAUAAUGGUUUGCUGUGCGGGACGCUCCACUGUGCUAUGUCAGCCUACUGGUGGAAAGGCAAGACUUACAGGAUACUCCUUCAGACGGAAGCAGCGCUAA